AUGUCUUCCCCAUUAUGUUUUUGGAGUCUUCUCUCGCAGAGAGACUUGACGUUCGUCUAUAUUUCACCGUUUUUAAGCACGCAACUGGGGCCACAACAACUUUCAAUUUUGGGAACCUCGUUUUUCGACUAUAUUCAUCCGCUUGAAAAAGAAGUAGCUCGCCGUGAUUUUUUUGAUUUUGUAAAUAAGAAGACCGUCUAUGGAUCAGUUACAAGUAUACCGGCAAUUCAAUAUAAACUAUUACGCCAUCAGCAACAAAAGCAAUACUCCUCAAUAGUCAAAACAGAAUCGAGCUUAAUCUCACCGUCAUUACCAUCAACAUUUUUGAGUACCGGAAAAUACGCUUUUGUUCACAACAAUCCCGAUCAUCUGCAAGACGAUGCCACAUGGAAUGUAUCAUCAACGGCAACAUCGCAGCCUAUCAAGAAUAAUACCGAAAAAGAAUAUGUGAUAAUGAAUGUUGGGAUGAAUGUGGUCAGCAAAGACCUCGUCUUAGCAUGCUUUCAUUCGGAUGAAGUCGUUAAUGAUAAUGUUAAUUUUAAUGCCGCAGAAAUUCGAUCAUCAUCAUCCCCACAUAUAAGCAACACAUGCGGUGAAUCAAAUUUCACUCCAGAGGAACUUAAUAAGAUAACCAAACUUCUACAACAAUAUCACGCCCGUAUGGAAUUUAUUAACGCGCACAGUCCGCCAUCAACGCCAUCAAUUCCUCAUUCACUUUAUUACCCAUCGAUUGAUCGCGUAUUCCAAAUAUUUGAUACCCAAACGAAACGGUUGAUGUUCACAUGGCCAGAUCCAAAUGCAUCAUCGGUUAAUCGACAACAUUAUUAUACUUUUCCUGACUACAACAAGCAUGAUUUUUCCCGAUUAAUUCACAAUUUUGAUUUUACCUCAAAUCCGCUCCACGACACCGGAUCCCCCACGUGUAUUCGGUUAUAUGACAAGAAACAUGUGACUAAGUUAUCCUCGGGAGAAUCGCGUAUAAUUGAGAGUGUCAUGAUUCCACAUGGCAAAAUCACAUUCGCUUGCUUUCAACUGAUGCCUGCCACCUUAUCUUCAUCCACAAACAACAAUGCACCAUUAUCAAAUGAAAAUGUAAAGCCGAGACCUCAUUCGGCGCCAUGUUCACCAGCUACUGUUCCGUCGAAUUGCAGUAAUGUCGGGAAUAAAAGACUGCGUGAAUCGUUGUCACCGCCGACUCGUUAUGAUAAGUAUUUUAAUGUUCCUGAUUUCACUUUGGAUCCUGACAAUAGAUAUCCGAAAAGACGUGCAACUGGUCAUGAUCUGCCGUUGUUCAACAAAUGUUCACAAUCACCAGUUCUGGAACCGAAUCAUUUGUUACGUCCAAUUUCACCUUUGGAUCCUCAAUUUCCAGUAAAGGUGCAACAAGUGCAGAUACCAUCACUCGAAAACAAUAGCAGCAGCGCCAAUAACGUCAAUAAUCGGGUUCAAUCGAAUUCGCUAAGAUUACAAAUUCAGUCGCAACAACCAUCUCCUACUGCAACUUCCCCAACAACUCCCAUCAGGACUUUCACUAAUCCAGUUAGGGGGAGAAAUAAUCAACUAGUGAAUGUGAAUGGUACCGUUAAAAUUUGUGAGAGCUGUCAGACCAACUCAAGUCCAGAGUGGCGUCGUGGUCCAACAGGACAUAAAACGUUAUGCAAUGCUUGUGGUCUUCGGUAUUCGAGGACGAUUGCCCGAGAAAAUCGUAAACGUCAAGAACGGGAACAAAGAGAACGCGAGGAAAGAGCACGCGAAAAUCGUGAACGCGAAGAUUCUGAUAGAGGAAACGGAGCAUUGAUGAAUCAUUCCUUCACUCAGUUCAAUCCACCAACUUAUCCUGUCCAUCAAUUUCAACAACAAUCAAACUGCAGAUGA